AUGCCAUUCCGGUAUACCCCAAGACAGGCCAAACUGAAAAACAAAGUUCGGGCCUUCUACGCGCCAAACAGCCGCGGUCUGGAGUACCUGCUGGGCAGAGAGGACGUCUGGAACACUGGGGACGAGCUGCAACAGGACUCCGAGGAUGAAAAACAGGAGAUGGGACGCAGGUCACAAAGGUCCCAACAAGGUACUGCCACAAUUCCAGCCCUAUUCCAACGGCAGGCACCCGCCAAAAUGGCAGCUGAACAAGGCCCAGACCCACCACACAAGGAUACCCCCCCAGAGUAA